AUAGCGGUAUAGCCAAUAGUUUGUCUGCUGUUUCACUCUUCUUCGCCGCCGCAGGCGACACUCUUCAAUCUUCACCCUUUCUACGACCGAUCUCUCUCCUGAAUCAAAACUUUCUUUUUGGUGACCCUGAAAAUCUGUACUUUUGUUUCUUGAUUUCCCUUCAUUUCCCUGUUCUGUUUUCUGAACAUGGAGGACAGUGAGGGCAAAAGAAUGACAGCCGUCUACGACGCUGUGUGGGAUCGAGUGAUACCUUACAUUCACGACUCGAGAGACCGCGGGUCGGUGUCCCUUGUGUGCAAGAGGUGGUACGAGAUCGACGCCAUAACGCGCAAGCACGUAACCAUGGCUUUCUGCUACACCGCCACGCCUAGUCGUCUAUCCAGCCGUUUCCCUCACUUGGAGUCGCUCAAGCUCAAGGGAAAGCCACGCGCUGCUAUGUUCAACCUUAUACCGGAAGAUUGGGGCGGUCACGCCGCCCCAUGGGUAGAAGAAAUCGCCAAGUCCUUUAAACAAUUGAAGGCUCUCCACUUGCGCAGAAUGAUUGUCACUGAUUCCGAUCUAGAUAGUCUGGCUCGCUCGCGCGGUUUGCUUCUUCAAUCUCUCAAGCUCGACAAGUGCUCUGGGUUCUCCACAGAUGGUCUCCUGAAGAUUUGCCAAUCCUGCAGGAACUUAAGCACAUUUGUUCUAGAAGAAAGCACAAUAGCUGAGAAAGAUGGGGAAUGGCUUCAUGAGCUUGCGGUGAACAACAAAGUUCUUGAAAAUCUCAACUUUUACAUGACAGAGCUUUUGAGUGUCAAACCCGAAGACAUUGAAUUGAUAGCCAGAAAUUGUCCACACCUUGUGUCAAUGAAAAUAUGUGAAUCUGACAUGUCUUCCCUUUUUGGCUUCUUUCGGGCAGCAACUGCAUUAGAAGAAUUUGCAGGCGGUUCUUUCAGCGUACCUGACCCCAUUGGUGAAAACAUGCAGUAUGCUGAUAUUGUGUUUCCUCCCAGGCUGUGUUCUCUCGGACUGACAUAUUUGGGAAUAAAUGAAAUGCCAAUUCUCUUCCCUAUCUGUUCCCGUCUUAGAAAGUUGGAUCUUCUAUAUGCACUACUUGACACUCAAGGUCACUGCACCUUACUGGAAAAGUGUGUGAAUUUGGAAAUUUUAGAGGCAAGAAAUGUAAUAGGAGACCGAGGAUUAGAAGUUUUCCCUUUUUUGUAAAUGACUUAUAAAGCACAAAAACUUUAUGAACAGGCAAGAAAUGUAAUAGGAGACCGAGGAUUAGAAGUUCUUUCCCGCUUUUGCAAGAAGUUGAAGAGGCUGAGGAUUGAGAGAGGAGCUGACGAACAAGGAAUGGAGGAUGAAGAGGGUUCUGUCACACAGAGAGGACUCAUUGCCUUAUCGCAAGGAUGUCAUGAACUCCAAUAUUUCGCGGUUUAUGUAUCUGACAUCACAAACCAAGCCCUUGAUUACAUUGGCAACCACAUGAAACAACUCUCUGAUUUCCGUUUGGUUCUUCUUGAUCGCGAAGAAAGGAUAACGGACCUCCCUCUAGAUAAUGGGGUGCGCUCUUUGUUAAGGGGUUGCCGUUUGCUUAUAAGGUUCGCCUUGUAUCUCCGGUCAGGUGGGCUAACUGAUGAAGGAUUGAAAUAUGUGGGCCAGUAUAGCCCAAAUGUGAGGUGGAUGCUUCUUGGGUAUGUUGGGGAAUCAGAUGAUGGACUUCUACAGUUCUCAAAUGGGUGCCCGAGCCUGCAGAAGCUUGAAGUGAGGGGCUGUUUCUUUAGCGAACAGGCACUUGCUAUGGCUUCAUUGAGGAUGAGAUCUCUGCGGUAUUUGUGGGUGCAAGGGUUCAGGCAGUCUUCAAUCGGGCAGGAUCUGUUGCUCAUGGCCCGCCCUUUUUGGAACAUUGAGGUCAUUCCUCCAAGACGGGUCAUCUCAGUGGGUGAGGAUGGUGAGACCGUGUCUGCUGACCAUCCUGCCCAUAUACUCGCGUAUUACUCACUUGCUGGACGGAGGACGGAUUCUCCAGAAACGGUCAUCUGUUUGGAGACAAACAACAUGGAGCUUGCUGGUUAGGGAUUUGUACUUUCCUUUUUACACCUUUUGUUGUUUCCAAAUUUCUACCGCUGUAAUAAACUCCUCUGUUUUCUAUGGAUUUAGUUUUUUUUUUUUGUUAUAUGCCGCAAACAAAUACUCUACCAUAUCAUUGAGUGAAACCUUUCUUGUACAAUAUGGAGUAAUUCUUUUUAGUUGGCAUUUUUCUUCUUUCUUGUGUUGCUG